CAAAAUAAUAAACAUGGCUGUUUAAUGUUUACAAAAUUUUUAAUAAUAUAUCUGGGUUAAUGUUUAUACUACUAACUUUUUUGCAAAUAAACCGUUUUAAUUUAAACUAAUCAAUAAGAAAUAUAUAAAAUCUAAGUUCCAAACUAUUGGAAUUUCAUUUUAUUCAAACAUGACAGAAGCGGAAAAGCCAAAUGCCAGCAGUGCCGAAGGAAAUGAAAAAGAACAACAGGAAAGCAUAAGCAAAAAUAUUGUAAUUUUGAAAUCUCUUUGCACGACAAACUCAGACUAUUUUUCGAAAGAUAGCAGCGAAAAUGGCCAGAGACUUUACAUUUCCUUUCUAGCCAUAAUAGACUCAGUAGACGCCCUAUAUCCGAAAAUACUAGAAAUUGAAAAACGAUUAGACGAGUUCGAUUUCGAUGCCAAAACUCCAGGAAACGGUUACCGGAGCUUUAUCAAUGUAUUUAAUUUAGCUAUUAAAUACGCUAUAGACCUAAAUCAGAAGAUUAUGUGGCGUAGAACUAGUGUUUUAUUUAGAAAAACAGUAUUAACAAAAGAAAUCGAAUCAUGUUCCCAUCUAAUGUCAAGCCUAGACACAUGUUUUAAACAUCUACAAACCCUUAUGUCCUGGAGUCAUAAUGGUAGCUUAUUUGUAGAAGACCGGCCUUUGGAAGAUUUAAUUUCAGUUUGUAAAGAUGUCAAUCAAUAUUGCUUUUAUGGAAGAUGUUUAGGUUUUCAAUUUUGCGAUUCUCUUAAAAAUGUUUUACAAUUUAUUGCCUUGUCUAUGGCAAUAUUUUCUGAAGCUUACUAUAGCCAAGGUUCAUUAAUUUCCAAAGCAACAAAUUCAGUCAUGACUACAACAAAAUACAUAACAGACCCAGAACAAAGGGCCAAAAGAAUAGUGAACAUUUCCCAAAAUGCUGAUGUGGAUUUUUGCAAAUCUUUUUGGUUUUUGUCGGAGAGUGAAUUAAUGAAUCAGUUGCCUUCAGUAGUCUCACCCAAUGUUGCUGUAUGCAAAGUUAUAAGUAUAGCCCCAGAACCUUUAAGUUUAAAUGUGGAUGGUACUGAUAUUGAGAUACCUGUGCCUACGUCUUAUUUAGGACCCAAACCAAUCCAAGUCCGUCUAAUAAGUUACGAGAUGCGCGAAGGCAUGCUAGGAACGAAAAACAAAACUCCUCUACAACCACCCUCUAAUGGCCUCAUAGUGCAUUGUCACGGGGGCGGAUUCGUAUCUCAGUCUUCCAAAUCUCAUGAAGGUUACCUCAGAGAUUGGGCCAAACGCCUAAACGUUCCUAUUGUCAGUAUUGACUACAGUUUAGCUCCAGAGGCACCAUUUCCUAGAGCACACGAAGAAAUUUUUUACGCUUAUUGUUGGGUGUUGAAGAAUCAUAGUUUUUUAGGGAGUAAUGGAGAAAGUAUUGUGGCUGUAGGUGAUUCAGCAGGAGCUAACUUACUAUUAUCAGCCACUUUGAAAUGUAUCAAUACAGGUGUGCCAACUCCGCAUGGGAUUUUGGCUGCUUAUGUGCCUACUUUAGUGAAAUUUGCCCCAUCACCUGCUAGAUUAUUAUGUAUGAUGGAUCCAUUGUUGCCUUUUGGAUUUUUGAUGAGAUGUUUAAAUGCUUAUGCGUCAGCAGAAAAACCUGCAACAGUGCCUGAUUAUUACAAUUCCGAUACGGAAAGUUUCGAAGAAAUUUCUGAGUCAGAUUUGGCUGAAUUGCAAGCUCACAAAUCUCCAGUGUCUGAGGCCUCUGAUACUUUGACAUAUGGUUCUUUGAAUUCGAAUUUGGACGAGCUGGCUGAAAAAGAUGUUACGUCUGCGGAAAUUGAAAAAAGCCAAAAGUACAUGGCUGAUAUAGUACACAAAUAUGUACUAGAAUCUGAUACCGAAACUGAAGGAACCAAAACCGAAAUGGAAACAACGUCAUCCUCAAAUGCUGAAAAUUCAUUUCAAAAUCGCCUGUAUGGUUUUGUCAGCACAAUAAAAGGCCACUUUAGUAAAAUGCUGGGCGAUAGAGGCCUAAGUGGAGCUGAAAAAGUGCUGGAAAUUGACAACACUGAAAAGUUGUGGGAGGAAAUGUCCGUUCCGGUGCAAGAUAGUCCUUAUAUUAGUCCUUAUUGUGCUUCUGAUGAUGACUUAAAGAAAUUUCCUCCUACCAAGAUUUUGACUGUCCAACUUGAUCCUUGUUUGGAUGAUUGCGUUAUGUUUGCUAGACGACUUAAGGCAGUUGGUAAUAAUGUCACUUUGGAUAUUCUUGAAGGACUUCCUCAUGGAUUUUUGAAUUUUUCUUUGAUAUCAAAAGAUGCCCAUGAAGGUUCAAAACUGUGCGUCGAACGCAUGAAAGAGCUCCUAAAUUUUGACAGGCCUAAAUAACUUUUUAUUUCAGUUGCUAUCACCAAAAAGUGCAAUAAUAAUAAUUAUAUUGAAUGGUUGUUCAUGGCAUAGGUAUUAUAUAAAUUUAUUUUUAUACAAAUAUUUAUUUGAUUUGUUAAUACUAAUAAUAAGGAAUCUCGGUGAGAAAAAAACACAAUUAUUCUGCUUCAAACUUUAUUUUUAUUGUGUGACACAGUAUUAAGCUUGGAAAGUAGUUUAUUAUACAUUAGUAACAUUCUGAUAACAAUAAUAAAGGUCUGGUUCUAUUUUAUUUUUGUCUAAUUAAAAUAUCACUUCCACGUAUGUCCACAAUAUUGUUUGUCCAUAGUAUUCAAUUUAUC